CCCCCUAAAUCAGUUCCUAAUUCAUUAACGAGAAACUCUCCUAUUUUCAGUUCCUUACUCUAAAAAACAAAUACGACAUAUUGACACAAGGAUACUAAAGUAGAUAGAUACAGAGAGAGAAAAUCUGAGCAUGAAUCCUUCUGCAAGAAACUCUUGAGAAAGCAAAGAUUGAAACUUUAGGAAGAAAGAUUGAUAGUUUUUGAAGAAUUUGUGCACGUAGACAGUGUAUUCUUUUGCAUGUGUUCAUCAAUGCUUGACGAUAUAUAAGUAAUAGUUGAUUAGAUGUGUGCAUAUUGAUGGGGAGAGGGAGGCCAAGGGCAGUGGAGAAAGGGGUGUUAGGGCAAAACACAAGCGCAUCUAGAAGUGGGUCGUUCAAUAUACCACCAGGGCCGGUGUAUUAUCCGACUGAGGAAGAUUUCAGGGACCCUUUAGAGUAUAUAUAUAAGAUCAAGGAAGAGGCUGAGAAGUAUGGGAUCUGUAAGAUUGUACCUCCCAAGAACUGGAAACCCCCUUUUGCGUUGGAUAGAGAUUUAUUCACAUUUCCCACAAAAACUCAGGCCAUUCAUCAGCUGCAGGCACGCUGUGCUUCAUGUGAUCCUAAGACUUUUGAGCUAGAGUAUAAUAGGUUUUUAGAGGAGCACUGUGGAAGGAAGGGGAAAAAGAGGGUUGUGUUUGAAGGGGCAGAAUUGGAUUUCUGUAAAUUAUUUAAUGCAGUGAAGCGGUUUGGAGGCUAUGAAAAGGUUGCAAAGGAGAAGAAGUGGGGGGAAGUGUUUAGGUUUGUGCGUUCAGGUGGGAAGAUCACAGAGUGCGCGAAGCAUGUCUUGUCUCAGCUGUACCUUGAACAUUUGUAUGAUUAUGAAGAGUAUUGUGCUAAGUUGAAUAAGGUUAGGAAUAAGGGUUGUAAACGAAGAUCUAUACCUGAUAGAAAAAGUGUGCAUGAGUUUGAAAGUUCUAGUUCGAAGAGAAGGCGAAAGAAUACUGAGGGUGAGAGACAUGAAAUGCACAAAGCAAAGGAGGAAGAGUUUGACCAAAUAUGUGAACAAUGCAAAAGUGGUCUGCACGGGGAAGUAAUGCUUCUCUGUGAUCGAUGCAAUAAGGGCUGGCAUAUUUAUUGUUUAUCACCACCUCUAAAACAAGUUCCACCUGGGAACUGGUACUGCUUAGAGUGCUUAAAUUCUGAAAAGGAUAGCUUUGGUUUUGUGCCUGGCAAGGAUUUUUCAUUGGAAGCUUUUAGGCGUGUGGAUGAUCGAGCUAAGAGAAAGUGGUUUGGAUCAUCAUCUGUCUCACGGGUUCAACUAGAAAAGAAGUUUUGGGAAAUAGUAGAGGGAUUAGCAGGUGAAGUUGAUGUUCUCUAUGGCAAUGACUUGGACACUUCUGUUUAUGGGAGUGGAUUCCCUCGUGGAACCGACCAAAGGCCUACAACAGUAGGAGCUGAAAUAUGGGAUGAGUAUUGUGCUAGCCCAUGGAAUCUUAAUAACUUACCCAAGUUGCAAGGUUCAGUGCUACAAGCUGUUCAUCAAAACAUUGCUGGUGUUAUGGUGCCUUGGCUUUACAUUGGGAUGCUAUUCUCUUCAUUCUGCUGGCAUUUUGAAGACCAUUGCUUCUACUCCAUGAACUAUCAUCACUGGGGGGAGCCAAAAUGCUGGUAUAGUGUUCCCGGUAGUGAAGUCCAUGCUUUUGAGAAGGUUAUGCGAAAUAGUCUCCCUGAUCUAUUUGAUGCACAACCAGAUCUCUUGUUUCAGCUUGUAACCAUGUUGAAUCCAUGUGUCCUGCAAGAAAAUGGAGUCCCUGUUUACAGUGUCUUGCAGGAGCCUGGCAACUUCAUUAUUACCUUCCCCAGAUCUUACCACUCAGGCUUCAACUUCGGCUUAAAUUGUGCUGAGGCUGUCAAUUUCGCACCUGCUGAUUGGCUACCUCAUGGUGGUUUUGGAGCUGAAUUGUACCAACUUUACCGAAAAGCUGCUGUGUUAUCUCAUGAAGAGCUGCUCUGUGUGGUGGCAAAGAAUGAUUUGGAUACUAAGGUCUCACCAUACUUAAAAAUGGAACUGCUUAGGGUCUAUAAUAAGGAAAAGUCCUGGAGAGAGCGACUUUGGAGGAAUGGCAUAGUUAACUCUUCAACAAUGUCACCUCGUAAGCAGCCUCAGUAUGUGACUACUGAAGAGGACCCUACAUGCAUUAUAUGCCAACAAUAUUUGUAUCUUUCUGCUGUAGCAUGCAGCUGUAGACCAUCUGCUUUUGUUUGCCUUGAGCACUGGGAACACCUAUGUGAAUGCAAGGCCAACAAACUUUGCCUUCUUUAUCGUCAUACUCUGGCAGAGUUGCGUGAUCUAGUCCUCUUUACUGACAAGCAUUGUUCUGAGGAUGCAGCCAAAAACAUUCAAAACCAGGCUCUAUCUUCGAUUGAUUCUGCUGCACUAUCAAAAAAGGUUAAAGGUAACUCUGUCAACCAUGAGCAGCUUGCUGACAAAUGGCUUUUGAAGUGUAAUAAGAUUCUGCAGAGUCCAUAUUCCAGUGAUGCUUAUAUCAAUGCAUUGAAGGAAGCUGAACAGUUUCUGUGGGCUGGUCAUGAAAUGGAUCCUGUCAGAGAAAUGGCAAAGAAAUUGAUUGAAUCUCAGAAUUGGGCUCAAAACGUAAGAAAUUGCCUCUCUAGAUUAGAGUCAUGGUCAUGUAAUGGUGAUCAUGAUUUUGAAAAGGUCCAGAUGGAGCUUGUUGACAAUUUGCUAAGUCUAAGUCCUGCCCCUUGCACUGAUUCUGCCUAUCUCAAAUUGAAGGAUUACCAGAAAAAAGCUAGAGUUCUGAUUCAGGAAAUUGAUUCUGUUCUUUCAUCAUGUCCGAAGAUUUCUGUAGCUGAAUUGGAUAACUUGCAAUCUAAGAUACUUGGUUUGCCUAUCUAUGUAAAAGAAAGUGAGAACUUGAUACGGAUACUGUCUUCUGUUAAGGCAUGGAAAGACACUGCUAGAAAGUGCAUCUCUGAGAAGUUUCCUGCUGCAGUGGAGGCAGAUGUUCUCUACAAAUUGCAAGAGGAGAUCCCAGAUCUUCAAGUUGAACUCCCUGAAGUUAAAAUUUUAUUAGAUUUAAUUGGAAAAGUUGAACUAUGUCGCUCUGAGUGCAAAAAGAUGUUGGAAGGUUCUAUUAGCCUAAAGCUUGUACAGGAACUUGAAUUACUUAUAAAUGAAUGGGAUGCUUUUACUGUUAACAUUCUGGAGCUUGAACUUCUGAAACAAUAUCAUAAAGAUGCUGUGUCUUGGAAAUCCCGUGUUAAGAGCAUUCUAGUAAACAUCAGUGAUAGGGAGGAUCAGGAACAUGUUGUUGACGAGUUAACUUGCAUUCAGAGGGAUGCAUCUUCUCUGAAAAUUCAAGUUGAGGAGCUGCCUUAUAUUGAAAUUGAGUUAAAAAAGGCUAGCUGCAGGGUAAAAGCAUUGAAGGCACUUCAUGGCAAAACAUCUAUCGAUUUUAUUGAGCAUCUGAUGGUGGAGGCUAGCACAUUGCAUAUUGAGAAAGAGAAUAUUUUCAUUGAUAUUUCUGGGAUAUAUGCAAUUGCUGUUUCUUGGGAAGAAAAAGCAAAGCAUUUACUUGGAAGUAAGGCAGAUAUAUCUGAAUUCGAGGAUGCUAUUAGGGCUUCUGAAAAUUUGAUUGUCAUUCUACCAUCUCUUGAUGAUAUUAAGGAUGCAAUUUCCUUGGCCAAGUCUUGGCUACUCAAAUCUAGAGCAUUUAUAACAGAUAAUUCACCCGCAGCAUUCACUCCAUGCUUUUUGCAUAAAGUUGAGGACCUGAAGGAGUUGGCAUCUCAGUCAAAGCUUCUGAAGAUAUCUUUGAGAGAACAACCACUCAUUCAGACACUCCUUGAUAAGUGCAUGAAAUGGAAGCAGGAUGCCUGCUCUUUGUUGAAUGAUGCAGAUUGCCUUUUGAAUGUUGAUGUUAUGGGUGAUCAAAAUUUUAGCUCUCUCAGUCAAAAACUUGAACAUCAAAUUUCAUUAAUGGAGAGUGCCAUACAAGCUGCUCACUAUCUUGGCUUUGAGUUUGAUAUGAUUUCUAAACUUCAAGGUGCCUGCUCUACUUUCCAGUGGUGUGUCAAGGCUCUUUCUUUCUCUUCUACUGUUCCUUCCAUUGAGGAAAUUGAAAAGAGUUUGGAAAUUGCUGGCCGUUUCCCAACUAUAUAUGCAUCUUGUAGGUUGUGUAUUGUGCUGUUUGAUGGGGUAAUUUGGCUUAAGAAAGCCUUGGAAGUUUCUGUUCCAUCUAAUCUCAGAAGAUACAACUUAGAGGAUGCUGAGGAAGUACUUAGACAGUCUCAGAAUGUUCAUGUGUCAUCUCCUGUGAUAGUCUCUGAACUUAAGAAGGCUAUUGGGAAGCAUAAUUUGUGGCUGGAGCAAGUGCAAUUAUUUUUCAGCCUUGACUUGAGGGAUCGGUCAUUGGACAUGUUACUGCAGCUUAAGGAACUUGGAAGCAAUGAUGCAUUUAAUUGUUCUGAAAUGGACAUGGUUUUCUCUGAGGUUCAUAAAAUAGAGGAGUGGAAGCAUCGCUGCGUAGAUAUGUUUUGGACUUCUGGAGAUGCAAAUAUACUGUGUAGUGCUCUUUUAGAGAUUAGAAAUACUCUUGGUAGGUCAUUUUGCAUUUUUGACGGGUCUAGCUGUUCCAAAAUCCAAGAUCUGUGUAUAUUCUGCUCAACUGCUACUGACAACCAGAAGCUUUUGACUUGUUCUUCUUGCAAGGACUGCUUCCACUUGGGCUGCAUUGGACAACCAUCCUUGGAAACAAGUGUUCCAUUUACUUGCCCCUAUUGCCAAUUCAUGAGAAGUGGGAAAAUAUCUAAAAGUGGUUAUCUGCUGAAAAUAGGGCGGAAGCGUUUUGAAUUGAAGGAGCUCAACAAGCUUUUGUCAGAUGCUGAGGAUCUCUGUUUAUGGAUUGAGGAAAUAUCAUUACUUAGCCAAAUUGUGGACAAAGGUCUUGAGCUUAGUGCUUGCUUAGGAGAAAUCUUGGAUUUUGCAUUAGCUUGUGUUGACAAGGAUCUGAGUGUUGUUUCUACAAAACUGUGUGUUGCACUGAAGGCAGUAGAUGUGACUGGUUUUCAUGAAUGUGAAUCAAACUGCAAAUUGGAGUUGGCAUUGUCAAGAAAUUCAUGGAGAGUUGGAGCUCAAAAACUUAUGGACGGUCCACAGAAGCCUACAAUUCAACAGCUUCGGCAGCAUUUAAAAGAGGGACUAGCUAUAAGCAUUUCUUCCAAAGAUUACUUUAGACAGAGACUGAAUGAAGUAAGGAAUAUAGGAUUGCAAUGGGCCGACACUGCAAAGAAGGUUGCUGCAGAUGGUGGUGCACUUCAACUGGAUAAAGUCUUUGAUCUCAUCUCCGAGGGUGAAAACUUGGCUGUGAAUUGUGAGAAGGAACUGAAAUUGUUGAGGGAUCGGAGUAUGCUUUAUUGCAUCUGUCGGAGACCAAAUGAUCAGAGACCAAUGAUCGCGUGUGAUAAAUGUGAUGAGUGGUACCAUUUUGAUUGCAUUCACUUGUCUUCCUCUUCCCUCCCGAAAACCUACAUCUGCCCAGCUUGUAUUGAUGAAAGGGAAGAUGCCGACAAUGCAUCAAUACCAACUAGUGAAGAGGGGUGUGGCAUUGGAAAACCGAAGGAGCCCCAAACACCUUCUCCUCGACACACAGAGGCGAGAAGGAAGAGUAGAAAACUGAAAGCUGCCAUUGACAUUGCCAUUGCCAUUGGCGAGGAAAAAGCAGCAGCCCCAAGGCAGUGUAGUAAUGUUGUGGGAUUGUUGUUGUGGAGAAACCGGAAGCCAUGUAAAAGAGCAGCUCGGAAACGAACAGAUCUGGAGAGCUUGUCUCACUGGUUUUCUUCUGUAAAUAAUAGUAAUUCAUAGCGUCGAAUACACACAACAAUCUUUUUCUUCAUUCAAUUGAUUCCCAUUUUUGCAGUCAGUUUUAGUUGCAGCAAAUUUUGAAUGUUGUAUUCAUCAUCUAAAUACAAUACAAUACAAUUAUUAGACCA